UAUAUAGAACGUCGGAGUGCGAAGAAGACAAGUACCCAUCAGCUGAAUCCCAUCGCUCACCACCACAAUCUACACACGUGCAGAGCUCGAUCGCCCACAGGUAUCCGUGAUGGAGAACAACAGGAGCAACCAGAACCAGCCACCGCCGCCGCCGCCAGGCUACCCGACGGCGGCCGCGGAGCAAGGCGGCGCGGCCGAGAAGAAGGCGCGCCGGGGCAGCACCACCUCCAGGGGCGAGAAGGGCUUCAUCGAAGGAUGCCUCGCCGCGCUGUGCUGCUGCUGGAUCUGCGAGAUGUGCUGCGACUAACCGGCCAGCACCCCGUGUUUGCUGGCGGGCACAGAGCGCCAGUGCCACUCAUGAAGAACGUAUACAGAUGAGGAGGGUUGUGUAUCGCUUAAUUUCAGUGUUUGUUGUUUUAGUCUACACAAAUAACUGAGGUGACUGUCUGUACCUGAAUAUUGUAGUACUGUAUAUGUAUCCGUGUUGGAUAUUGUGAUAUUCAUAUAUUUAC